AUGGAGGAUGGAUUCGGAGGGCUGAGACACAUGUUGACGAUUGUGUUCCUCUCUGGUUUAGCCGGAUUCAUGGUAGCACCAGUGAUUACGGACGUCACUGUCGCCGCCGUUUGCUCCCGACCAGACGACUCAUGUUCUCUCGCCGUCUACCUCACUGGUUUCCAACAAGUGGCAAUAGGUCUUGGGACAAUGGUGAUGAUGCCAGUUCUUGGAAAUUUAUCAGACAGAUAUGGAAUUAAAGUGAUUCUCACUCUACCCAUGUGUCUCUCCAUACUUCCUCCUGUAAUUUUAGGUUACAGAAGGGAUACAAACUUUUUCUAUCUGUUUUAUACAAUCAAGAUUCUGACCGCUUUGGUAUGCGAGGGCACCGUCGACUGUCUCGCCUUUGCUUAUGUGGCAGAAAAUAUUCAGGACAGAACAAGAACAUCAGCUUUCAGUAUUUUAGCUGGUAUCAAAACAAUCUCUGGAGUUUGUGGAACUUUAGUUGCUCGUUUUCUACCCAUAGCUUUGACUUUUAAGGUUUCAGCUAUAUCAUUUCUCGUUGCCCUGGUUUACAUGAGACUUUUCCUAAAGGAAAGGCUAAAUGAUGAAGAAGAUGGUGAUCAUCAUCAUGGUGAUAAUGAUGCCACGAUGUUAGCCGAGCCAAUCCUAAACGACACAACGAUCAAAGCACGUGUCUUUAACAAGAAGCAACCUUCAUUGAAAGAUAUGAUUUCCUUGAUGAAGACUAGUACCAUAUUCGUUCAAGCAUUGGUUGUUACAUUCUUCAGCAGUUUCUCAGAUAGUGGAAUGCAGUCUGCUUUCUUGUAUUUUCUGAAAGCGCGUUUUGGAUUUGACAAGAACCAGUUUGCUGAUCUCAUGCUGUUGGUUACCAUCGUUGGGUCAAUCACUCAACUGUUUGUAUUGCCAACUUUUGCUUCUGCCAUUGGAGAACGCAAGCUCUUAUCAACAGGGCUUUUUAUGGAAUUCACAAAUAUGGCCAUUGUCAGCAUUUCUUGGGCUCCAUGGGUUCCUUAUCUCACCCCACUUUUUGUACCUGGAGCCAUGCUUGUGAUGCCAUCGGUUUGUGCUAUUGCUUCAAGACAAGUCGGACCCGGUGAACAUGUAAAACUAGGAAAAGUACAAGGAUGCAUAUCAGGAGUGAAGUCCUUUGGGAAAGUAGUGGCACCAUUUGUGUUUAGUCCAUUGACAGCACUGUUUCUUUCCAACGAUGCACCGUUCUAUUUCCCUGGAUUCAGCCUUCUAUGCAUCGCCUUGUCAUCGAUGAUCGGUUUCUUGCAGAGCCUAAUGAUAAAAGAUGUUCCUGCUCCAACAUUGGACAAACCAAUCAACAACAUCUCGAGUGAGGAAGUGUGA